GACAAAUCUUCAUCUUUUUUUGAGAAACGAUGGCAAUGAUGUCGGCGUCUCUUGCUGCCUCUCUUCAUUCCUGAGUCAUUUGGAUCAUCGUACCGCAGCUUCUACCAUCAACGCAACGCACUGCGUAGAAUCACUUCUCCCGAUAAUCAACAGUGUCACCACCAUGAAUCUCUUCCUCAAGCUCUUUCUGGUCUCCCUUUCGUUGACCCAACCAUGUGAGGCGUGGGCUCCAACCUCGGUGGAAUCAAGCUCUGCCUCCAGUGCAGGGACAAAGGAUGGUCUUUCACGUCGCAACUUUAUGGCCACUUCUGUGGCUGGAGCUGUCUUGGCCGGCACUUCCCUGACGGUUCAACCAGCGCCGGCAGCUGCUGCCACCACUGGCCUCGACCUCGUCCAGCCCAAUACUCUCAACGGCAAGGUGGUUGUCAUUACUGGAGCCAGCACUGGAUUGGGGCUGGAAUCAGCCAAGGCAUUGGCCAAGGGUGGCGCCACUGUGGUGUUGACUGCUCGAAGCGAAAAGAAGGGUGCCACUGCCACGGAUGUUGUCAAGCAGUAUCUCCAAGCAGAGGGCGUGCAAAACGACAAGUUAUACACAGUGCUACUGGAUUUGGACGAUUUGGCAAAUGUCAAGUCCUUUCCUGCUCGCUUUGAAAAGGCACUGGGAGAAGGAACCAAAAUUGAUGUACUAAUGAACAAUGCUGGUGUUAUGGCCAUUCCCGAUCGCCAGAUCACCAAGGAUGGUUACGAACGAACUUUCCAGUCCAACCACCUUGGGCACUUUGCCCUCACAGCCAAACUCACGCCCUACCUCAAGAGCGAUGCUCGUAUCAUUAAUGUCUCUUCACUCGCCUAUCAAAUGGCAGGCAAGGGACUCGAUUUGGAUAAUCUCAAUGGUGAAAAAGAAUACAGCCAAUGGGGAUCCUACGGGCAAUCCAAACUGGAAAAUAUUCUCUUUACACAGGAGCUACAACGACGAGCCGAUGCCGAGGGCAUUUCCUUGACAGCUACCAGUUUGCAUCCGGGAGCUGUCAACACGGACCUGGCCCGCAACAUGAUGGGUGGCGAGAAAGUAUGGUACGAGAAGAAAGAAAGAGGACCUACCAAUGCCAUGGAGAAUAUCUUGCAAGCUACAAUCAACAAGACCCUCCUGACGCCGGAACAGGGUGCCGCGACACAGGUUUACUUGGCGGCAACCAACGAUGCGGAAGAGAAGGGAAAAUUCUAUUCGGACCUAAAACCGCAAAAGUUGCCAGCCUUUGCCACGGAUGAACAAAUGGCCAAGGCUCUCUGGGAGCAAAGUGAACAACUAUCAGGAGUCAAGUUUUCACUCAAAGGCAAUUAAAAUAGCUAGUUUAGAACUAGUGCAUCUACAUGUACACCUGGUUGGAUGGCACUUGUCAAAUUGGAAACCAUUGAUACAUGUAGUUUAGAAAUCAGGAAGAGAGCGUUGCACGACAGCUCAGCUAGCUACAGUACCUCUUGUCGUGGCAUGAAAUGGUGUUCAAGUUCAGCCGAGCCAUGGUAGGAGUCACCAGUUUACUAUCUCGGGUAUCAAAACAAUGACAAAGCAACCCAAGUCCGCGGUGGACAGUACAUAAUUCCCGUGGCGAUGGGACAGUGGACGGCUAUAAAUCACAUACCGGUAGCAGCAACAGGGCGCCGAUGGCGACCUCAUUGACUACCUGAACAGACAAUACAGCAUUGCUUACGGUCCUGCUCUGUGGGGAGAAAUUGGCACGGUCUUCGCAAUGCAUGUGUGGCCGACCACACAGGCUUAUCUAAUCGCGCCUACAGUCAUCCUUGCGAAGACUGCUCAAAACACCGUCACUGCUACUUCGCCGUGGUGUCAUAGGUUGGCGUCCCAACUCCAACAGACCACUUUUCUUCUGUUUGGCCAAUAGACUCGACUGCCGCUCCAUCCUGAUACCAUCCACCAUGGGUCUCUACAACCCCAGCUAUCUUCACCAACCG